AUGUCACGAUUCAUCUCGGCUCUUGCUGUCGCACUGGCUGCUACGUCCUCGCUAGCCGCCGAGAUCCCCACCAACGGUCUCAAGGAGAUUCCCGCACUGGGUCUGGGAACUUGGUUGUCUGAUAGGGACAAGGUCGAUCAUGCCGUAGAGUAUGCCCUCGACAAUGGUUAUAAUCACAUUGACGCAGCCUGGAUUUAUAGAAAUGAGGAUCAGACGGGCAGGGGCAUUGCUGCCUCCGAGCUCUCCCGCAAGGACAUCUGGAUAACUAGCAAGCUUUGGAAUUCGUUCCACCGUCCCUCAGAGGUGGAAGCGGCCAUUAAGACGUCCAUCUCUAGGCUUGGCGUUGACUAUCUGGACCUAUAUCUCAUUCACUGGCCAGUAGCGUUCGUCCCAGAUGAGGGCACCAAACUGGACAAGAAGACAAGCAUCAUCGACACAUGGCGGGCACUUGAGGAUCUGGUCCGGGCAAACCUGACGCGACACAUUGGCAUUUCCAACUUUGCCAAGAGUGACGUCGAGGAGGUCUUGGCGGUCUGCGAGAUUUGUCCCUACGCGCACGAGUUUGAGACGCACCCAUACCUGCAGCAGCAAGACUUUAUCGACUGGCACGCCGAGGUUGGUGUCAAGGUGAUUGCAUACUCGCCGCUCGCCAAUACCAACCCCAUCUACCGCCGGGACGCGCCGCCGCUGCUCGAGGACCCGUACUGGAAGGAGCUGGCCGCGCGCAAGAACGCCACCGUUGCUCAGGCCGCCAUUGCUUGGGGCUUCCAGCGCGGCACCGUGGUCAUCCCCAAGAGCUCCCAUGAAAAGUACAUUGAUGAGAACCGCGACGCAGCCGGGAUUCGCUUCAGCAAGGACGAGAUGGCCGAUAUUGCAAAGCAUGAUAGGAAGAUCAGAAUGAGCAACCCAAGUAAGAACUGGGGAGUUCAGCUAUUCGCAGACCUGGACGACCAUUUGGAGCUCGAGGAUGAGACUGUUGGAGAACUGUAA